ACUGUUGUUCUAAAAAGAAGCCUGUGCUCUAGGAAACUACAGAAAAACAGCACCAUGAAUUCCCUUUACUACUAUGGGGGAAGUGUAGGAUACCCACUCCAGAAUAUGAACUCCUUGGCUGUAAUGUGCAACUUGCACCAGCAGAUGGCAGAGCAGUACCAGAUAAGCCCAGCUGAAGGCCUGCCCUCAUCUAUUCACACCUUUUCCGUGGCAGAGAGAUUGGCAGAGCUGAUUCUAGAGGCGCGUUACGGGGACCAGCAGAAGCAGCGGCGAAGCAGGACGGCGUUCACUGGCCCUCAGCUAGCGGCUCUGGAGAAGGCCUUUCAGAAGACGCAGUAUCCCGAUGUGGUGAUGAGAGAGAGGCUGGCUCUGUGCAUUAGCCUUCCAGAGGCCCGCAUCCAGGUCUGGUUCAAGAACAGGAGAGCCAAGUUCCGCAAAGGCCAGCGUGGCAUCGCCCCGAGAGAGUACACAGCCUCAGCAGAGCAGGAGGGCGGAGCCACAGCAGAGAGGGAGGGCGGAGUCACAGCAAAGAGGGAGGAGUCUGACGUGAAAACCACAGACGAGACUCCCCCAGAAUCGAGGGUGUGGGACCAUCCCAGCCUGGCACAGGGGGAGCGCGGCUCACAUGAGCAGCCCCGCUCUGAGCUCUACACGGACAGACCCUCCUCUCCGUUCCUCCAACGCACUGCUGAUCACUUGCACUUCCUGUCCACUGGUUUGCACUUCCCGCUCUCUCAUUGGCAGGGUUUCCAGCAGUCGUCCUGCCCGGUCUCGGCUCUCAGUGCCCCGGGAAAAAGGACCACCUUGAGCCCUGGGACUGGAAGUACCACUCAGGACCAAACAUACCAGCACUUAGACCUCAAGGUGUACCAUGACACCAGAGGAGCCAAGCUGUGGGCAACGAAGCAAAAGGACUAUUGA